CCACCGAACAACCCAUUCUUGUACUGUUGCUUCUAGACAUGGCGAACCAGCCUCGCAGAACAGCUGCAGCUAUUUGUGCCACGGCUGUUGCGUAGACAAACAAACAUACACACACGUAUUAAUACAUACUCUCUCUCUCUCUCCCUCUCUCCCUCUCUCUCUCUCUCUCUCUUUCCCUUUCUAUCUCUGUAACUUAAUACUUAGCACAUUACCAAAAUCAGCUUCACUUACACAAGUCAAACGUCUCCAUAAUCUCGUGUACCUUUCGAAGCAUAUUCUUGCGUUUCAGUUCCGAUCUGCAAUUCCUAGAACCGAUAUUAGCUUCUCUAAAUCUCUCGGAAGUUCUUCAAAACUCUAGUAAAUUCUACAAACUUCUCUGGAAUUCCCAAAACCUAUCUCAACUUAUCUAAAUCUCCCUGAAAUUCUUCAACUCUCCAAGAACUUGCGUUUCAGUUCCGAUCUACAAUUCUCUAAAUCUCUCGGAAGUUCUUCAAAACUCUAGUAAAUUCUACAAACUUCUCUGGAAUUCCCAAAACCUAUCUCAACUUAUCUAAAUCUCCCUGAAAUUCUUCAACUCUCCAAGAACUUCUCAAGGAACUCUCUGGAUUUCUAUGAACACAUCUGAACUUUUCUGAUUCUGUUCAAAAUCGUUUGUAUUUCUCUGAAAUUCUCAGAACCAACUCAAAUGGCUCCGACACCUCACAAAGAUAAGCCAACAACUUACGAAGGAAUAAAGAAGAAAUGUCUGGCAGAAGGAUCCCUUUUUGAGGACCUGGAUUUUCCUGCAACAUUCAGGUCCCUAUUUUUGAAAACUGUACAAAAGGACCUUGUGUGGAAACGGCCGAAGGAACUAAAGAAGACAGCAGUGUUCAUGCGAGAAGCCACCUACCGUGAUUUUAACCAAGGAGCCCUGGGUGACUGUUGGUUUAUCUCCGCUGUAAACGUCUUAGUUGCCAACAACAGGAAGGUGUUUGAGAAAAUUGUCCCUAGCAACCAGUCGUUCACUGAAGACUAUGCAGGAAUUUUCCGUUUCAAUUUUUGGUGGUAUGGAGAAUGGAAAGAAGUGGUCGUCGAUGACCGGCUUCCAGUUGACAAAAUCACUCAUAAAAUACUUUAUGCUCACAAUAAUUCAGAACCCGACGAAUUUUGGGUGUGUCUCUUGGAGAAGGCCUACGCCAAGCUUGCCGCACCUAUGAGACGUUGAUUGGUGGUUUCGUCACCCGUGGCCUGGUGGAUAUGACCGGAGGAGUAUCUGAAUGCUUUUUGGUUAAUGCCGAUGACACCAACCCUACAGAAACAUUCCAGAUGAUGACAAGAAUGUCCACCAUGCAGUCAAUGUUUUCCUGUGGCAUUGUUGAUAAGGAUUAUGAAACGGAAGGCAAGACAAGUGCGGGUCUUUUUGCAUUUCAUGCUUAUGGUAUAAUAAAACUUAUGAAGGUUCAAUACCAAGGAAAGGAGGUUGGCCUUGUAAAACUGAGAAAUCCAUGGGGCAAAAAGGAGUGGAAUGGACCCUGGAGUGAUUCAUCUGAAGAAUGGAACGGAUUGAAAGAAGAAGAGAGAAAACGGAUGAAUCUGGAAGUGAAGGACGAUGGAGAAUUUUGGAUGGACUUCAAUGAUUUCAUAAAGAACUUCUCUCUCGUCGAGAUGUGUCACAUCGAUCCAUUUGCAAUAACCAGCUUUCAGGAAACAGCGGAGAAACCAUCAGCAAGGAAAUGGCACACAUUCCGGGCAGAUGGCCAAUGGCUCAAGAAGAUCACAUCCGGUGGUAGCGACAAUUCUAAAGAUAUCUACUGGAAGAACCCUCAGUACCUGUUGGAGAUCCGUGAGUGUGGCGCUGAUGUUCGGACAGUGAUUUCCCUGAUGCAUCGGCCGAGUCACCAAGACAUUAGUAUCGGCGUACACUUGUACAAG